GCUUUGGAGCGUGAUGUCACGGGGGGUGGGCGUGGAAAGGAUUUUGGCCUGAUCUGCCAUUUUCGGGGUCUAAGCGCAAGCGGCGGGCGAAAGAGCAAAAGCACAACCAUGGUUCGUACUUGCUGUGUGAUCAGCUGCAAUGUUCGAUCUUACGAUCGGCACGGGAAUAAGCUUGGGUUGUCUUUUUAUGCUUUCCCAACCUGGAAGCAAUUUCAAGGAGCUCAUGUAUCGGAUGUUACCAAACGAAGGCGUCGAGCCUGGAUAGCAGCCGUGAGACGAGCUGAUAUCAAGUUCUGUUCCAUCUCCCGGUAUCACUUGGUGUGCUCCAGACAUUUUCAUUCCGGGAAGCCUGCCUAUGAAAUGGAUCAAACAAAUCCAGACUGGGUACCAACGCUACACAUGGGGCACUCCGAAAUCCGAACAUCACAUGCACACCGUCACAGGAGGCGAACACAACGGGAACAAAAGAAAGCACUAGUAGGAGGCUUUCACAAUGGAGCAGCAAAGUGUGAAGGUGAAGCCUCAGCAGAAGUUACCACAGAAGAGCAGCCAGAGAUGGACACCACAGAAGAGCAACACCAUAACAACCCUGUGAUUGUGUCUGAGGGCCAGAUUUGUGAUGGACACGUAGAAGCAGAGGUAACAGGUGCAGAUGCAGAAAACAGUGAUCUCAGAGAGAGACAGACAGAAGAUCAAAGACCGACAAUUGAUUGUGUGCAGAGCAGAGCAGAAAUAAACCGGCUGCUGGAGAACAGAAAGCUUAAAUCACUGUUGGACAAGACAGAGCUGAAUGAAAACUUUUUACAGGGUGACACGGAAAAAGUGAAAUAUUACACUGGUCUUACUUGUUUUGCUAUUUUUAUGUCUGUGCUAGACAAUGUAAAAGCUUUCCUACCAGCAUCAAAGAAACUGUCGCAUUUCCAAAUGCUUUUACUCACACUUAUGCGACUUAGACUUGAUCUUCCUGUCCAGCAUCUUAGUUAUCUAUUCAAUGUCUCCCACAAAACUCUUUCUUCUGUCUUUGCUGAUACAAUUGACGUUUUGUAUGCCCGCUUAGGAAUACUUGUACACUGGCCAGAGAGGCACUGUUUGCAAGCAACAAUGCCUCCACAAUUUAUGGAAACUUUUGGAAAUCGGGUAGCCAUCAUUGUUGACUGUUUUGAAAUUCGUACAGAAUGACCAUCUAAUUUAAAGGCUCGUGCUCAAACGUACUCGCACUACAAGGGUACACACACCAUGAAAUACCUGAUCGGGAUUACUCCCCAAGGUGCAAUUUCAUUCAUUUCUAAGGGGUGGGGGGGGGGCGUGCAUCAGAUAAACACAUCACAGAGCAAUGUGGCAUACUUAAGCUGUUACCAGGGGAUGUAGUUUUGGCUGACAGAGGCUUUGACAUCAGAGAUGCGGUGGGAAUGAUGUGUGCGGAGGUUAAGAUCCCAGCAUUUACAAGGGGCUUCUGUCAACUAGAUGCCAAGGACAUUGAAAAUACACGAGCCAUUGCACACCUAAGAAUCCAUGUCGAGCGAGUAAUUGGCAGUUUGCACAAUAAGUUCAAAAUGCUACAUACCACCAUGCCAAUCCGUUCUCUUCUUCCAUGUGAGGGUGAAGACGUUACCUUUCUUGAUAAAAUUGUGCGGGUGUGUUGUGUUUUGGUUAACAUGUGCCCCAGUGUGGUAGUGAAGCCAGACAUACAUGAGACUUGUUCUUGUUAAUUAAUGAUUGUGAAAACUUUGAGUAUAUCUCUGAAGAAAUACUACUAGGAAAACCUUUUUUUUUUUUUUUUUUUUUUUUGUGUAAUUGUAUAAACACACUGACAUCACAUUAUGUAACCAUUUCUGUAUCUGUAUACUAUAAUUGACUGUUUAUCAUAGCUUUAAACUCUGUGUUUCACUAAAAUAACAUUAUAAUAAAAGCCAGGUAACGACAAAGAUCUGCAUUUGACGCUUUAUUUUACACUUAGACAAUUGUUACAUGGUAAGUGCUGCAGUGUUGAAAUCAAGUUAUACAUAUUUCAAUGCACUUCUGACAUAAAAACUACACGCCAGAAAAAAACUUUGUGACCACUUGGGGCUGCAUUUCGCAUAGAGAAAUGUUUUCCUACUAGUUCUGGAAGGCACACCUUCUGAAAGAACUCCUGAGCUUUCUUUAAACGCGAUUCCCAGAAGUGCACAUCUUCCCAGAUGUGCACUUCUGGGAAGAUGCUUACAACUGCCAUGUCUUUUUGUGUCCAAACCACGAGGUCGCAGUGCUUUGCGUUGGACACAAACACCUGUGUUUGCACUUGAGAGUAAAAGUGGUGUGUCUUCUUCAAGUUAAGUCCAUUUGCUGUCAACUCGAGGCAGAAGUCUUUGUCAUGUGCAUCCAAUGCUUGCUGAAUGCUGUCAGAUCUGUACUUAAAU